AACUGUACCAAUCGAUUGAAAAACCAAAAGUGGCACCAUCUGGAACGGCGACCGGAAAAUAAUAUGAAGGUUCGUCACUCGGUAGAACAGCUGCUCCCGUUACUGGUACCUCAAUCUAAGAACGGCUCAGAUCGGAGUGUACAGACAUUCAACAAAGUACAGUAUUGGUCUUUAACAGGAGGCUUAGACGGUAUGGCCAUCCUUCCAAAGAGAUACUCGAGGACGUUAACAAGACACCAUGCACUCGUCUUUUUCCUUACAUUCUUUGCAUUUGUGUUCAUCCAUGCAGCAAGAAAGACAUUCAGUAACGUAAGGACAGCUCUAACUGAAACAUGGACGUUAUUGCCGCUCAAUGAAACCAUCUUUUAUAAUGACACGGUGGAGCCUAACGAGGAUCCAUUCUUGGAUUCUAUCGGUCAAGCAGAGGUGUUUUUCAGUGUCCUUGAUACAGUAUUUCUUGGUUCAUAUGCAGUUGGUUUAUUUGUUAGUGGCUUCAUCGGUGACAGGCUAGAUCUGAGGCUUGUUCUUUCAUUUGGAAUGUGCAGUUCAGCUAUGAUGAUGUUCUUGUUCGGCACAUUAAGUGAAUGGGUAAAGGUUUACAAUCAUUGGUAUUACACAAUAUUCUGGAUCAUGAAUGGACUUCUCCAAGGCACAGGCUGGCCAACACUCAUAGCAGUCAUGGGUAACUGGUUUUCACAGAAAAGUCGCGGUUUGGUAUUUGGUCUGUGGAGUGCGUGUGGGUCUGUCGGCAACAUUGUAGGAGCUUUCUCAGCUUCAUUGGUCUUAACCUAUGGAUAUGAGUUCGCAUUCCUUUUGACGGCCCUAUUAAUGUUCUUCUGGGGUUUGGUGAUUCUACUAUUCUUGAACCCUUCUCCUCGUGAUGCUGGAUUAUAUCUCGAUGAGGAGUUGGAAGAAGAAGACGAUGAAGAAUAUAGCGAUGAUGAGAAGGAGAAAAAGUCGACAGCAGAAGAUAAAAAGCCUUUUGCGAGCGAGGAUGAACUGAAAUCUAAGAAGAAUGAAUUACCUACUUCCAAUAAUCAAGAUGACGACAACAAUGACGUCAAUGAAGAGCAAAGAAGCAGAACUGAACCUAUUGGUUUCUUUCAAGCUUUCUUACUACCAGGUGUUGCUUGUUAUUCGCUGGGAUUUGCAUGUUUAAAGCUAGUUAGUUACUCCUUAUUUUCUUGGCUUCCGUACUACCUCACAUCAAACUUCUCCUGGUCAGAAGUAACCGCUGAUCGGGUAUCAAUGGCUUUCGACUUUGGCGGAAUAAUAGGAGGAUCAAUCGGUGGUUUAAUAUCUGAUUUCCUUGGAAUAAGAUCGCCCAUUGUAAUCAUAAUGCUGUUUGGUUCUAUGGGAUCACUUUACGGAUACAGUGUUACUCCAGCAAACAGCUGGAACGCUGUAGUGAUGGCCAUUGCGGGUGCAUUUGUAUGCGGUGUGAAUCACAUGAUCGGAUCUACUGUAGCGGCUGAUUUAGGUCAACAAACAGGUUCUUUGGGUCAAAAUAAAGAAGCACUCUCAACAGUUACAGGAAUUAUUGAUGGUACAGGUACCGUUGGAGCUGCUAUAGGACAGAUAGUAAUUCCUACAUUGAAGAUCAAAUAUGGAUGGGAAUCAGUGUUUGCGUUUCUUGUUUUGAUGAUUGGAUCAUCUGUCAUCUUUAUAUCACCGAUUUUCGUAAGGGAAAUACGAUCCAAGUGUCAAUCACGGUCGACAUAAAAAUCUCAUACCCUUCCCUUCGAUCAAAGAAACUAACAGAUCAAAGCAAGGCUUUUUAGAUCCCUUCCCUUCGAUCAAAGUAACAACAAAUCAAAGCAAGGCUGUUUAGAUGGGAUACAUCAAAACAUAUACUCCAUACUUUGGCGCCAUUUGUUUUCUCUUAUGUUUCUCAGCGAAUCAAUUUAACAUCUCUUCACGGUUAUCAUGUAAUUGGAGGAAACCAUGACACUGGUAUGAAUGUGAUUUUAAGGGGAGUGGUGACAGGAGCCCCCUCUCCAUGGCAAAUUUUCAUAGAAAUUUCUUUAAGAUCCGACCUUCUUCGUCUUUUUUUUUUAAACACUGAGUAAAUGACAGAAGAAAGUAAAGUAAAAAAAGUCAUGAUAAUAAGGUGUACUAUAUGAAAAAUACUACCCCUCUUUUUUCUUUCACUCCAUCUUUCAAUACAUGCAUGCGCUUCAGUUUGAACAUUCCUGUAGAAAGCUUUAGAACGUUAUAUGUAGUGAAACAAAGGUUGUAUUUUUAUAUUCUAAAUGUGUCAUAUUAUGAUAACGUAUAUUCAAAUCAAGUGAAAUCAUAUCUUGUAUCUUUUGUUGAAAAUUCAAAUACUGUUUUAAUGCUUGGAACUUCCAGUUGUAAGAUUUCGUAAAGUAAUUAUGCAUACAUGUAAAAUGAAUACUUAGAAGAAGCCCCUUUUCAAGUACUGUAUUUUUAAUAAUUUUCUCACUAUUUCCUUUAUUUUUUACCCACCUCUUUUCCACACUUGUGUUCCUAAAAUACCAAUUUAUCUACAAUCUAAAUUCUAUUUCAAAAAGUUUAAUUAUUUCGACAACCAUUGGAGAUCUCGGAUUGAUUCACUAGCGUGUUUUUGGAAUGACCAAAUAGAUUAUUUAUAUUAUUAAUUGUUGCGUCAGAUUGUCAAUUCGAAAUAUCAAGAUUACAGACAAUGGAAACUUCCAUCCAUCCAACCACCCUUACACACAAACAAGCAAAGAUUAAACUAGCUUAAGCUUAAACUUUGCUCACUUGCCAACGUCAUACUGGGAGCACCUCUAAAGGUGCACAUUUCAGAUAAACGUUCGUCAAGUUGAACCUUUAAAGGUGUUCCCUAUUCUGAACGAUUUGAGAAAAAGUUCUGCGAUCUGCUCCUUUCAUUUUAAUAAGAAAACCAAUGUCAUAUGUGCCAAGUUUAAUCUAUUUUUCUCUGAGUGUACGAUUACCAUGUUUCAUUCAUUUUGCUUUUUGUUCUCGAAGAUGCACGAGGCAGUAUUUAAUGUGUCAGAUAUCCAUAUGCAUUCGUAUGUAGACACUUAUGUCGCACUCAAUAUUCAUCAUUCUUAAAAGGCAAAGGAGUUACCUUACUACAUAAGCUACAAAUGACUUAACUGGUGAUCAUUUCUUAUGCUAGAUGAAGUAUCAACAUAACUGACCUGACGCCUGAGAACAUGUUCCAGUAUUGCGCUGUCGCUUUAAAUUUGACGAACAGCUUUCUGAAACACCCUCCUGGCCUAAUACUUUGUCCCUUUAAAUGUUGAUUAAGUACUUAAUAUUCCAAGAGAGUAUUAAUUGCUGCAUGAUUAUAAUAAAUUAUAAGCAAAAUUUGAGAGAUCUAGAUUAUGUACACUUUUUCCUCCGAUCAAUAGAGUGUGUUGAAUCAAACUAUAUACUGACUGUCUGCUUAGCUAAAUGGAGAAUAUCACAGACUAUCUAUCCAUGAACACUUCGAAAAAUUCGUGUUUCUGUACAAUUUACACAUGUGUUGCACAAAAAGAAUUGUCGCCCCGUGACAAUUUGUGCAAACUUUAAUUGUCAAAUUCGUAAAAAUUGUAUACGUUAAACAAGAAAUAGUGAGCGACAUUAUCAA